AUGCAGGAGGCUGUAAUUCCUCCUUCACCUUCGGUGACCAUGGAUGAAGAAUAUGUGCAAGGACAAAUCAAGAAGCUUCAAGAGCAACGGAUGUCCAUGCAAAAGAAAACAUUCACCAAAUGGAUCAACAAUGUUUUCUACAAGCACAAUGCAAACAUCAGGAUUCAAGAUCUCUACACUCAAUUGAAAGAUGGCAUUUGUCUCCUACAACUGCUCGAGCUGCUGUUUGCUGAACAGCUACCCAAGCCAACUAAGGGAAAUAUGAGAGUACAUUUUCUAGAGAACAACAGCAAAGCAAUCCAAUUCCUGAAAUCCAAGGUACAGGUGAAGGUAAUUGGGCCUGAAAACAUUGUAGAUGGAGACCAAACCCUCAUCCUGGGGCUAAUCUGGAUAAUUAUACUCAGAAUUCAAAUUGCUUCCAUCAACCUUGAUACGGAAGAGUUUGGAUCCAGAGAUGACCUGUCUGCAAAUGAUGCUCUGCUGGUCUGGUGUCAGUGUAAGACAGCCGGCUACUCCAAUGUUAGUGUAAAGGACUUCUCCAAAAGCUGGUCUGAUGGAUUGGCCUUCAAUGCACUUAUUCAUGCUCACAGGCCUGACCUCAUCCAGUACAGCUCCUUGAGGCAUGACCAGCCCAUCAGUAACCUAAACAAUGCUUUCACUGUAGCUGAGAAGCAGCUGGGAAUCACAAAACUACUGGAUGCUGAAGAUGUGGCUGUGCCCUUUCCAGACGAGAAGUCUGUCAUGAUCUAUCUGUCAUUCUACUACCAUUAUUUUUCCAGGCUGAAGCUGGGUCAAACUGUCCAGAAAAGGCUAUCUAAAAUUCUUUUCUUUCUAAAGGAGACAGAUGACUUAAAGUCACAAUAUGAGCAAAUGGUCUUUGAGCUGUUGCAAUGGAUUAAGCUCAAAGUGGUGGAACUGGAUGAUCGUCUCUUCCCUAACUCUGUGCAAGAGAUGCGCCUUCUCAUGGGCAACUUUAAGACCUUCCGCACUGUGGAGAAACCUCCCAAGUACAGGGAGAAGGGGAUAAUUGAAGCCCAUUUCUUCCACAUCAGAACCAAACAGCAAGCCAACCACCAGCAUCCUUAUUUGCCCCCUGAAGGGAGGACAUUGCAAGAUUUAGAAAAGGAAUGGGUCAUUUUGGAGAAGGCUGAGCACAAUCGUGGGAAAGCACUACAACAGGAGCUGUUGAGACUAGAAAGAGUUGAACAAUUAGUUCAAAGAUACCUGAAGAAAGCAGCUCUUCGUGUAGCCUACUUGGAAGGUAUGAGGGAGAUCAUGAGCAAGGAGGAUGCUGGGAUACCUGAUAAUGUGGAGCAACUUGAAGCAGCUGCAAGGAAACUGGAGGCCAUUGAGACAGACAUGCUUUCCAGAGACAUGCGCUUCAGAGCACUUGCUGAGAUGGCAGCAGAAAUCAAGCAGGAGAAUUAUUAUGAUCAGGAUCAAAUUACAAAGACGCAAAGGGACAUUGCACAACAGUGGCAAGAUCUGUUGAGCCAGUUCCAAAGACAAAGACAAUCUCUGAAAGUUACACAGGAAGUUUUGGUCCUUCUGAGAGACAUCGAUGCUAUUAUGGAAGAACUCAAGGAGCUGCAGGUCCUAAUGAGUUCUCAGGGUUGUGGUAAAGAGCUCUUGGAGGCAGCAGAUUUAUUGGAGAAGCAUCAAUUGGUUGCCUCCCAGGUUAUUUCCCUUGGAGAGAGGAUCGGUCAUAUCACUAAAAAAGCCAAAGAGAACAUGAAAAGUAAAUCAGUCAAAUCAGAUGUGCUUCAAGCCAAAUUCUGGAUGCUCCACCAACUGCAUCAAAAUCUUCUGGAUCUCUGUAAAACACGACAAAAGCAUCUGGGAGAGGCUCUGAAGUGUUUUGAGUUUUUCCAUGAGUGCAAAGAAGAAGAGCUGUGGUUAUCUGAAAAGUUGAAGUUGGUGGAGACAGGAACCUUAGGGCUUGAUCUCAAUCACAUUGCUGCCUCUCUUUGGAGCCAUAAGAUAGUCUUCAAGGGCCGGGAGCUAAGGCAGAAAAAUCCUUCAAGCCAGAAGGAUGUUGACAAGCAGACUGAGAAUGUCCAGAAGUUAUGGCAACAGCUACAAGAUAAGAUGGACGGACAAAAAAUCUUUUUGGAGGCAGCUUUACUCAUCAAACAGUACUUUGCCAAUGUUGAUGAGGCAGACUGUUGGCUGCGGGAAUGUCAAACCCUCCUAGCCAGCAAGGAUUAUGGGAAAGAUGAAUCCAGUGCAGAAGCUCUGUUGCAUCGCCAUUUUCAUUUGGAGGAAGAGAUUACUGCUUAUUCUUCAGAAAUAAGCUGUUUGGAACAGCAGGCACAUUCUGUGGCACAGCAGGCUGCAUUGCUGCACAAGAGGAAAGCAUUAGAGGAGGCAAUCCAACUUUACCAGUUCUACAGUUCCUGUGAAGAAUUUCAGUCUUGGAUAAAUGACAAGGAAAUUUUUUUCCAAACUAAACAGCCAAAAGAAAAUGUGGAAGUUAUGCAGCAGAAAUAUCAGAGAUUUCUAAUGGAAUUGGCUACUGGGAAGAACCACUUGGAAGAGAUCUAUAGCUUAGCAGAAAUGUUUUCAAAGAGCAGUCCUGGAAAAAAGGAGGAGAUUCAAGCCCUCCAGAAUGAGAUAAACUUGAGGUGGGAGCGACUGGAGACAUUAAGGGAAGAGAAGGGCUCAGAACUGAUUGGUGUAGCUGAUGUGAAGACUUUCCUUCAGGACUGCCAGGACACUCAAUUGUUAAUACAAGAUGGACUAACUCAUCUUGAGGAUUUAGGACACGGGAACAUGCCUGCUGUUCUAGAGGCACAGAGACGCAGACUCAGUACCCUUGAGAGAGAUAUCUUAGUUCAGGAGAGAAAAAUUGAAUACCUGAAGAAUGUGGCCAAAUCGGUCAAGGAUACCAAUCCUGCAGAGAGCAAGGCCAUAAAGGAACAGGUAGAAGACAUGGAGGUGCUGCUGUCAACAUUAAAGUUAAAGACAGAUGAGAAAGGGAAAGCUUUGCAAGCAACACAGGACCAGCAGACCUUUCUGCAAGACAGUCGUAGACUCCUGUUAUGGGCAGAUGGCAUGAAGGAGAUGCUAACCAGUGAGGAGAUGGGUGUAGAUGUGGUUUCUGCAGAGCAACUACUACAAGGGCACCAAGAUUUGCUGAAGGAGCUACACAGCCACAGCAAAAGGUUUAUGGAGUUGCAAGAGUUGGGUCAAAAGAUAAUGGAUGUCUCAUCCAGCAUCCAAGCUCUGGAUGUUUGUGAGUCCAUGCGUAAACUUGAUCAGAAAAGGACUGAGCUGGAUGAAUUGUGGGCAAAGAGACGAAAGAUGCUGCAGGAGGGUGUGGAACUACAAAAAUUCAAUAGAGAAGUUGACCGUAUCAAUGCAGCCCUUGCCACCCAUGAGGCUUUCCUCCAAACCGAUAACCUGGGGGACCAUGUGAAUUCUGUUCAGAGUCUGCUGAGGCAACAUGGGGAUUUCGAAAAAGUACUGCUGAUGUUAAAACACCGGGCAGAUGCACUUCAUGAGCAUGGAGAACAGUUGGUGGAGAGGAACCAUUUUGCUUCUGACAUCCUUGAAGAGAAAAUGCAUGCUUUACAGAAAAGGUGGAAAUGGCUGACUAAUAAUAAUGAACAGAGAAAGAAGAUGCUACUGGAUUCUCUUCUGUUACAGGAGUUUAAUUAUGACGCUGCAGAGCUUUUGAUAUGGAUGGAGGAGAAGUACAAGAUAGCAUCAGAUGAGUCCUACCGUGAUCCAACAAAUAUCCUACGCAAGCUGAAAAAGCAUGAGGCUGUAGAACAGGAAAUGAUGGUCAACAAGAAGCACUUCAUGGAACUGAUGGUGGGUGGAAAUCAGUUGGUUCAGGAUAACCACUUUGCUGCAGAUUCCAUUCAGGACAAAAUGUCAGAGCUCAAAAAGAAGUGGGAGAAACUGCACUGGAAGAUGACAGAGCGAGGAGAUAAACUGAGGCAGGCUGGACAACAAGAACAACUUAUGGAACUUCUCAAGGAUGCUGAAGAGAAAAUGGAGAAGGUGAAGAAAGCCCUUCACAAUUCAGAUGUGGGUCAUGACUUGCGUUCCAGUCGCAAUCUGCUCAAAGAACACUGUCAGCUGGAAAACGAGAUGCAGGGAUUGGCUGAGAAAAUGAGUUCCAUUGUCCUUCAUGCCAAAAAAAUAGCUACGGAUCAUUUUGACAGUGAGAGGAUUCUGGAUGAGACACAGAAGUAUUUGCAAAGGUAUUACUCUCUCCAGGAGCCUCUUGCUGAAAGAGGCCAGCUGUUGCAGGCAAGAGUAGAACUUUACCAAUUCUACCAUCACCACGAUAUGGAAAUGAAAUGGAUUAAUGAAAAAAUGUCAGUUGCCAGCUCCACAAACCGAGGCAAGUCCUUGGAUGCAGCUCUAAGUUUGCUACAGAAGCAUAAGGAAUCACAAGCGGAUGUGAAUGCCCAUAAUCACCAAAUCUUGAGGGUUCUAGAGAAAGGAAGAGCUGUGUCAGAAGGCAAGCAUAUGCCAACCCAGAGAAUCAAGGAGAAGUGCCAGGAGCUGAGUGAAGGCUGGACGGAAUUGGAGAAAGCAUGUGAGGGAAGGAUCAAACAGCUACAGCAUUCUGUUGCCUUCCAUCAGUUUUUAAUUGAGAUAUCAGACCUGGAGAGUUGGGUACAAGAGAAGCUCCCACUGGUGACAAACAAAGAAUGUGGUAAAGAUGAAGCUGCAACUCUUAAAUUCAUAAAGAAACAUAAGGCUCUUGAGCAUGAGAUUGAUGUUUACCAGAGUUUAGCAAUGGAACUGGAGGAAAGGGCCAAACCACUGCCUCUCCCGGGUUCCAUUCACUUUGAUGAAGUUGAUAUACCACAGGAGCAAGUUCAGUCACAGCUUUGGGAACUGCGAGACCUGGCCUCCUCAAGACGGAAAAGGCUGGAGGAAACUCUUGAACUGCAUUACUUCCUAAGGGAAUGUGAAGAUCUGGAGGAAUUGCUCCAUCAACAAACACAGGUUGCCAGCUCUGGUGACUAUGGUACAGAUAAUGAUCAUGUCCUGCUUCUUUGGGCCAAAUAUGAAAUGUUCCAGCACCAGAUUGAAGCUGCUGCAAAAAGAGUUGCCAUGUGCCACCAGCAAGCAGAACAUAUGGUAGACCGCAACCAUUUUGCAUCUAGGGACAUUAGGAAGAAACAGAAACAUUUACGGAACUUGUGGGAGGAGAUGCUGCAGGUGACAAAGUGUCAAGGAGAACGACUACAAGAAGCUGAAGCCACACACAAGUGUCUGCAAGAGCUGACAGAAGCCCUCACCCACAUUGAGGAGAAAUCCAAGACCAUCCCAGAUGAUUUUGCUAGAGAUCUAAGUGGUGUACAAUCCCAGCUCCAUAGACAUUCAACCCUUGAGCAUGAAUUGUAUGGGAAUGAGCAACAGCUGCAGGAACUAAUUGAUGCUGCUGAUGGCAUGCUCAGCUGCUGCUCUGAAAGGCAAGCGGAGGAGAUACAAGCAAAGCAGCAGGCCAUCGUGGCAAACUGGGAAUCCUUGAGAUGUAAAGUGGAGCAGCGCAGGGGUCAGUUGGAGCAAACGUGCAAACUUCUCCACUUUCAAACAGAAGUACGGUCCUAUUGUUCCUGGACAUCUGACAUCACGAGAGAAAUGAUGAUUAAGGAGACUGCUCGAGAUGCAUCCAUGAGUGGAUUGAAGCUGAAUCAGCAUCAGCAACUUUUGGCAGAGAUUGAGGCCCGUGAUGAGGUUUAUGCUCAGGUGCUGCAGCUGGGCCAAGAGCUCUUCCUGGAACUGAAAACUGCAACAAAAGAUAUCCAGGACUCUUUGCAGGUCCUGUUAGAAGAAAAGGACAAAGUAUACCGCAUGUGGGCACAGAAGAAGGAGUGGCUGGAGAAGAUCUAUCUUCAGCAGAUGUUUUACAGGGGUUGUGAACACCUAGAAAACAUACUGAAUUCUCAAGAGAUGUAUUUGAAAAGCAGUGACUUCAGGAAUACAGUGGACGAGGUGGAACAGCAGAUCAAGAAACAUGAGGCUUUUGAGAAACUUCUGGCCUCCCAGGAUGAAAAGGAAUUGUCUCUUCAGGAGCAGGCAACUAGACUACAACAGAACAAUGAGCUAGAAGGAGCAUCGAUCCAGCUCAAGCUCAAUAGCAUAAUAGAGAGGAGAAGAUACAUCAAAGAGCUCUCCCAAAGCAGGCAAGAAAAAUUGCAGACAGCCUUUCUGGCAGCUAUCUUCUACCAGAAUCUAGCUGAGGCAGAAAGCUGGAUUGAGGAGCGUAUACAAAAGCUGGAGGACUCACCUUUUCAAAGUAGCAGCAGCCUGAGUGACAAAAUGAAGCUUCUGCAGAAGCAUCAAGUCUUUGAGACUGAGAUUGUAGCUCACAUGGAUCUAAUAGCCACUGUUAACAUGGGAGGAGAAGCCUUAGUGUGCCGGAAUCAUUCUGAAUCGGAGGAGAUCUGUCACAAGACUCACUUACUUCAAGAACAGUGGUGGAAGCUGCAGCAGGCGGUUGCUGCUCGUGGAAAGAUGCUUGAAGAAAGUAGGGAUUUCCUGGAAUUUUUACAGAAGGUGGACCGUGUAGAGGCCUGGAUCAGAGACAAGGAAGUGAUGAUUAAUAUUGGUGAUGUCGGAAAUGAUUAUGAACAUUGCCUGCAGCUCUUGAAAAGACUGAAUGAGUUUCGAGGAGCAUCAGGGGAAAUGACUGUGGAUGAUGUUCACAUUAAAAGCAUCAAUGAUCUUGCUUUGAAAUUGGAGCUACAAAACAAGGAAGAAAUAAAAACAAUAUAUCAGCGCCGGAAACAGCUCAAUGAGAGGUGGAAGAAUUUCCAUGGUGAGCUGAAGGCAUACAGGAAGAAGUUGGAAGGAGCUCUAGAGAUGCAUGCCUUGAUCAGAGAAACUGGUGACAUAACAGAGAGAAUCAUUGAGAAGAGUGCACUGAUACAAUCACUGGACUAUGGGAAAAAUGUGGAAAGUGUAGAAAACCUAAUUCGGAAACAUGAAGAAAUAGAGCGAGAUAUCGGCAUCAUUCAAUCCAAUAUGGAGUCCCUGGAGCAGGAAUCAUUCCCACUUGGUAAGAGGAAUCCAUCCUCUAUAAGUGAAAAACUGACUAUGAAGCAAAAGGAGAUGAAAAAUCAUUGGCUACGACUCCAGGGCCAGGUCAUGCAAAGGAGGGAGAAACUGGCAGCCUCUUUUCAAUUGCAGAAGUUUAACUCUGAGAUGAAGGAAUUUCUGGACUGGAUUCAAGGAAUCAGAAGAUCCAUGGAAGGUGGGAGUCUUCCUAAAAGUUCAGCCGAAGCAGAAAGUAUGCUCGAAGAGCACAACGAACUAAAGGCAGAGAUUGAAGCACGAGGAGAAAGGUUGACUUCAUUAACCAACUACGGUGAUGAACUCGCCAACUCUGGACAUUAUGCAUCCCCUGAGAUCCACCAUUCCCUCAUCGGACUACAAGAGGCCUUGACUGAAAUGAUCCAGGUCUGGCAAGAACACAAUCUAAAACUGAUUCAAGCCAAGGACUUACAGAAAUUCUAUGGCUAUGUGAAAGAGAAUGAAAGCUGGCUGAGCAGCAAAGAGGCCUUUCUAGCAAACAAGGAUUUUGGGGAUUCUGUGUCCAGUGUGGAGAGUCUGCAGCAAAAACACAUGCAAUUUGAAAAGGCCCUGGAAGCCCAGAUGAAGGAGAUUGACAUAAUGAUCUCAUUUGGCCAGCAGCUGAUGGACAGCCAGCAUUAUGACUCUCAGAACAUAAUGAACAAGAUCCAGGCGAUUCUCAAGAGAAAGGAAAACCUUUUGGAAGCUGCUUUGGCUCGCAGGCAUCUGCUGGAAGAAUCAAGUCUGUUGCAAAACUUUCUGCGCAGUUCCUUUGAGGUGGCAGCAUGGAUGAAUGAAAAAAACAUUAUUGCCUUGGAUGAGAGCUGGCGGGAUCCAAGCAACCUUUCAGCUAAACUGCAAACGCACCAGACUUUCCAGGCAGAGAUCAUAGCCAGCAGAAAUGACCUAGAUCAUAUCCGAGCUAAAGGAGAGAAGAUGCUCCAGGAGGGACAUUGUGCUCAUGAUAUCAUCCAGUCCAGACUGCAGGAAAUAGAGGACAUUUGGGAUGAGUUGCUGGAAAACUGCUAUGAAAAGGGAAGAAAGAUGCAGGAUGCCUGUAAGGCUCUGCAUUUCCUCCGUAAUGUGGAUGAUGUGGAAAAAUAUCUGGAAGAUCUAGAAAGUGAGCUGAACAUACCAGAAAGCAGCUUUAACCUCCUGGUUCUGGAUGAUCUUCUAAAUAAACAGGAGGCAUUAGAAGAAGAUUUCGCUGGCUGUAAAGACCAACUACAAGAGCUUAUAAAGACAGUGCAAGAAUUCCAACAGGAGAAGAAUUUUAUGGCAGAUGAAAUAGAAGAGAGAGUGGACCAUGUAGUGCAUAGGUACAAGAGUCUUAGGGAGCCCUUGCAAGAGAGAAGUGGAUUCUUGGAGGCCAGCAGGCUGCACUAUCAGUUCCUCCAAGAUGUCACUGAGGAGUUAACCUGGAUUCAUGAGAAACUCCCCCUGGCAUCCUCCAGAGACUAUGGUCAGUCUCUUACGAAUGUUCAGAGUUUGCUGGAAAAACUCCAGAAUUUGGAGAAUGAAAUUAAUAGCCACAAUGCUUUAACUAAAGCAGUUAUCAGCACUGGACAGAAGCUGGUGAAGGGAGGUCACUCUGCCUCACAAGACAUCAUGGAAAAGGUGAAAGAAUUGGCGGGUGCCUCAGAAAACCUGAAGGGUGAGGUUCAGGAGAGAAGAAAGAGGCUCAUGCAAUCAUACAAAAACCAACAUUUCCUCACUGAGCUUUUGGAAGUGGAAUCCUGGUUGGCAGAAAAGGGACUUGUCCUGGACCUCCCAGAUUAUGGACAGAAUGAAGAAUGUACUCGAGCACUGCUUCGUAAAGUAGAAGCUGUCAAGCUUGACCUAGAGGGAUUUGAGUCCCGAAUUGAGAAGUUGAAGGAAACAGGAAAUCACCUCUUGGCCUAUGACAACCCAGAUAGCUCAAUUAUCCUCCCCAAGCUCCAGGCUAUUCUAGAAGAAUAUAAUUGUGUCUUAACAAAAGCUGAGAAUCAAACUAAAGUUUUGCAGGAGCAAUCUCAACUGCACCAGUUUGAGAGGGAAAUCCAGUUGGUGGAAGCCUGGCUUUUGAGCAAACAGAGCAUGGCUGAAUCAGAUAAUUAUGGUCAGGAUUUGGAGGAUGUUGAGAUUCUGGAGAAAAAGUUUGACGAUUUUAAAAAGGAGGUAGGAUCUCUGGGGUAUGCCAAGGUUCUUCUGAUAAACAAGUUGGCAUCACACCUCAAGAGUCAGUGCUACAGCCAAAUAAGUGAUGUUGAGAAGAGGGUGCAGCUAGUCAAUAACACGUGGGAGAGGUUGUAUCAAGCCACCCAGACAAGAGCAGAGAAUCUGAGAGCAGCUCGGGAGGUUCACCAGUACGAUCAUGAUGUGGAUGACCUGAAAGAGUGGAUUCAGGAGAAAGAGGCUGUUGUGGACAGGGAAGAGUAUGGCUAUGACCUGUCCGGUGUGCAGGCCCUCCUUAGCCAGCAUGAGCGACUGGAGAGGGAGUUAAUAGCCGUUUCAAAAGAACUGGAGAGGAUCAGAGGCAAGGCUUGGCGUCUUGGCCGAUUGUACCCUCAUCCCAGGGACAACAUCAUGAGUAGACUUUCAGAAGUGGAUGAGCGCUGGGAGAAACUAAACAAGAGGUUUUCAGAAAGAAAAGAGAGGCUGCUGCAGGCAGAACAAGUCCAGAUCUACUUUGACAACUGCCGAGAAUUGAUGGCCUGGGCCAACGAGAUGCAUGCCCUGAUUAUAUCUGAGGCAUUGACAAAUGAUCUUCUUGGUGCUGAGCUGCUUAUUAAGAGGCAUGAAGAGUACAAGCAUGAUAUAGAGAAGCAGUGGCUGAAAUAUGAAGAGCUGCAAGAAUCUGGAAGGAGCUGGGUAAAGGCUGGGCACUUUAUGUCCAUACAGAUUGAAGAGAAACUUUCUGAACUACUGGAGAUGAUGAGCAAAGUGAGGGAAUCUUGGGAAAUGAGGAAGGAAUUGUACAAAGAAAACUGGGAGAUCCAGUUACUGCGACGGGAACUGGACCAAGCUGAAGCUUGGCUGACUACCAGGGAAGGUUUUCUAUCAGAUUCUGGCUAUGGGCAUUCUAUCUCUGAUGUCGAGCAACUAUUGAAAAAACAUCAAGAUUUUGAAAAGGUGCUGGAGGCCCAAGAGGAGAAAUUUGCAAAGCUGAAUAGAAAGACAAAGAGAGAAUUGAAGUUACUAAAACAUACAGGCAUUGAGGAGAAAGAGAAACUGAUCAAGGUCCCCUCACUACGUAGGAAACAUUCAGACAGGAAGCCAAGGAUGCUGGAUCCAAAGGUCCAUUUGCCGUCUGUUUCAUCAACAAAGUCCAAACAGAAUUUACACCAGCCAAGCCAUGGAGAAGACUUGACAUUGGCCUGCACCAGUGACACAAAAGCUCCACUUGCACCAGAGGUGGUUGAGCUGCCGGAUUUGGCUCUGGACUGCCAGGUCUCUUUGCCUUCUUCAUUGUCCCUUAACAUGAAAAGCAAGCAAGAUGUCAGUGAUUUGUUACCUUUACAUGAUGAUUUUGUUCCACCAAGCAUGCAAGGCAAUAAUGAUAUCUCCCUCUGUGAUGUGGAAACCAAAGACACAAAUACCACAUUUGCACUCUGCAGAGAAUCAUUAGAUACUUCUCUGCCUAACUCAGAUUUGCCUCCUGAGAGAUCAGAAACUGCUUCUCAGGUAAGCUAUCAUAGUCUUUGUUCCUGUGAAAAUCUACAGAAAUCCAUAAUGUCUGAUACGUAUUACAACUUCAUAUUGAACUUGGAUUUUGUAGCUUUUGGGAUAAAAAUGAGUUAUGUUGUAUACAUGGUGGGAGAAACACUAGGACUUUGUGCAUUACAGGUUUCUACAAUACACGAGAGUAUGGAAGGCUUCCUAGAAAAGAGGGACCAGAUCCUUCCAGGAAGAAAACAGGUAAAAGUUUCUUAA